AUGGGAUUUACAAGCCUUUUGUAUAUAUCAGCUGUUUUUCUGACACUGAGUUCUGUAUCUAAUGCCUGCCCGCCGUCGGACCGGGCAGCUCUACUAGCCUUCAAGGCUGCCCUACAUGAGCCGUACUUGGGCAUUUUCAACUCGUGGACAGGAACUGACUGUUGUCAUAACUGGUAUGGAGUGAGUUGCGACCAGGAGACUUACCGAGUCGCUGACAUCAACCUCCGCGGGGAAUCGGAGGACCCCAUCUUCGAAAAAGCACACCGGGCUGGUUAUAUGACCGGAACAAUUUCGCCGGAGAUUUGUAAACUUACUAGACUGUCAAGCCUUACAAUUGCUGAUUGGAAGGGCAUUUCGGGAACUAUCCCACCAUGCAUUGCUUCAUUGCCAUUCCUCCGAAUCCUCGACUUGAUCGGGAACAGGCUCACCGGAGAAAUCCCUGCCGAUAUCGGGAGACUGAGUCGACUCAGCGUAUUGAACGUUGCCGACAAUCAACUUUCCGGUACAAUUCCGAGGUCACUCACCAACUUAUCGUCUCUAAUGCAUCUAGAUCUCCGAUCCAACAUAAUUUCAGGUACAAUCCCGAGAAAUUUUGGCCAAUUAAGAAUGUUAAGCCGGGCUUUACUUAGCAAGAACAAACUAAACGGGCCGAUCCCAUACUCGAUACCCUACAUUUAUCGUCUCUCCGAUUUAGAUCUUUCUUUCAACCAACUUUCCGGGCCAAUCCCAGAUUCAUUAGGCAAAAUGGCAGUUCUUGCAACAUUAAAUCUUGAUGGGAACCAAUUGUCUGGUACAAUUCCUCCUACAUUGAUCAAUUCCCGCAUCAGCAUAUUGAACUUGAGCAGAAACGGGCUUGAGGGUUAUAUUCCCGAUGCAUUCGGGCCGAGAUCGUAUUUUUCCGCGCUGGAUUUAUCGUUCAAUAAGCUGAAGGGAAGAAUUCCUAAGUCCAUUUCUUCAGCAACUUAUAUUGGCCAUCUUGAUGUAAGCCAUAAUCAUCUCUGCGGGCCGAUUCCAACGGGCUCUCCAUUUGAUCAUCUCGAAGCAUCAUCAUUUACUUACAACGACUGCCUAUGUGGGAAGCCACUCAGAACUUGUUAG